AUGGGCCUCCUCACCCCCCAAAAAUCAUCAUUCGCGCCUCCGACUCUACUAUACCAGCUCAUCUACCACCCUCUAACAACAUGGUUCGCCUUCCUCCACUACCUCAUCCUCUACCUACGAGGCCGACCGUACGUGCCGCCGAAGAACAAAGUGCCCAUCCGCGUCGUAUGUCUAUCGGACACGCAUUCCAAGAUGCCUCCGACCUCGAUUCCAAAAGGCGACCUCCUCAUCCACGCAGGCGACCUGACCAACAACGGCACCCUCAACUCCAUUCAGCAAUCGAUCGACUGGCUGAAGACCCUGCAGAAGCCAUGGCCCGGUUCAGCCGACGGGUUUCGCCAUAUUGUCGUCGUGGCCGGGAACCACGACAGCUACUUUGACGAGCGCAGCCGGAGUUUCCACGACACCAAGAACACCCGCCGCACCCUGGACUGGGGCAAGAUCCACUACCUGCAGCAUUCGGGCGUGACGCUGCCGUUCCCGGACGGCCGCGAGCUCAAAGUCCACGGGGCGCCGCAGAUCCCCCGCUGCGGCGGCAACGAGUUCGCCUUCCAGUAUACCCGAGGCCAGGAUGCCUGGAGCAACACCAUCCCCGACGACGUCGACGUGCUGAUCACGCACAACCCGCCCAAAUGGCACCUGGACAUCCCUGAGAACGGCGGCAUGGGCGACGAAUUCGAGCUGCAGGAAGUCUGGCGCGUCAAACCUACCUUGCAUGCCUUCGGACACGUCCACUCCGGCUACGGCAAGGAGCCGGUCUGGUGGGACGAGGGCCAGAAGUCCUGGGAAGAAUUCCUGGCCUGCGCGUACAACAAACCUGCUGGGACCACGGCCAGCCAGCGUCUGCCUUUGACGGAGCUCGUGGAUCCGCAGAUCUGGAUGCUGGGGGUCAAAUGUCUGGUGGCCGAUGUCAGGGGCAUGCUUUGGAACAGGUUGUGGGGCGGUGCUCGACAAGGAGGAUAUAUGGUCAACGGUGCCCUGACCUACCAGACCACGAGCAAGUUGUUGAACAAGCCCAAAGUGGUGGACUUGUAG